UAAAGCAAAUGGAAAUAGCUGGAUUCGAACACAAGAACGCGACGCAGAUUGGGUUACGAGUUACGACCUGAUAGUUAGGGCUAAAUAUCCAUCCGCUCAAUCAGCAGAUUUCUUCAGCUGGUUCAGUUUUUUUUUUACUCUCUCGAGUCUUCCACUAGCAUUCUGUCUUGCGUCCACCUCCUAGUAGAACGAAGUUCAAACUUUGUGAUGGCGACUGAAUCCAAAACCGCUACUGAGGAAGUUAAGAUUGAUCUCUUUGAAGAUGAUGAUGAGUUUGAAGAGUUUGAGAUUAAUGAAGAGUGGGAAGUCAAAGAAGAAGGGAAGGAAAUUACUCAGCAGUGGGAAGACGACUGGGAUGACGAUGAUGUCAACGACGACUUCUCGUUGCAGCUUAGGAGAGAAUUGGAGAGCUAUACCGAGAAGAAAUGAGAAGAAGUUUUGUCCUUAAAUGUUUUCAUCUUCAAGAUCUCAUGUUUUAACCAGGUCUUUUGAUCCCAUGUACAUGAUGGUAUUAUGAAACAUUCUUAGGAGCCUAAAACAUUGUUACCUUUCACAUCAGAACAUUGGAAAAUCGAGACGUUUGGCACCGAAGAAAACUUCGUUUUCUUGUUGGCACGGAACAUGAUCUUCGUUCACGAAUCUUGCUAUGGUUUGCUUGAGAUUUAUAAGAUGUUUCGUUCUGAAUAUUGGCAGGAAUAGAAAACUAAGUUUGUUGUGGGUUUGUUCA